AUGUCGACGCACACUGUUUGUUCGGAUAUCAUCCUUCAAGGACAGAGCAACUGGGAGCUUUGGAUCUUUAUCGUCAAGCGUAUUGCCGAAGCAGGAGACGUAUGGGAAUAUAUUGAUCCCAAUAAACCAGCCAAUCCUCUGCAAAAGCCUGUUCAGCCUACUAGGCCAGAGCCUACUAUACAACAGGAACUACUGUAUCAUAUCAAAGACAAGGCAACAGUCCACGAUCAGAUCAAGACACUACAAGAACUCUUCUCUCCCACUACGUCCGAUAUGGAAUAUAGAGUGCAGAAGGACUACGAAGCAGCCAAGGUCCUACAUGCUCGACGAUCAAAUGUUGAAGACUGGUGCAACGAGUUUCUUACAGCAUACAGUAGAGCAAAACAACUUAAUCUACCUGAAGUACACGGGUUUAGGGCACACAAGGACCUUAUCCGAGCUAUCAAGCAAAUUGACGCUGCAUACGCCGCUAGUGCUUCACUUGAUAUAUUCAAAGCCGAGGAGGACUGGAACACAGAUCGCAGCAAGCCAAUACCUCAUCAAUCUCAGUUAUCUACCGUUCUUGCAGAAUACCUGCGCUACCAUCGUACAACCUACUCAAGAAAGGCAAAUAUCCAUGGAGGUGCCUUUGGAGUAACGAUGAAUGGCCAGCCAUCUCCAUACAAUAACAAGAAACGAUCAAGAGACAGUGAGAAUAAGCCAGCAAAGCCCUGCCUCUGUGGCGACAGUCAUUUCUGGGGCCAAUGUCCAUACAUCGAUACAGCACUC